UCAGGAGACGAGGCGGGACUUGGGGCGGGAGGCUAGGAGGCGGCGCCGUUGGGUUUUGGGCGCGAGCGGUUGAAAGACGCUGGGCUGUCGGUUGGGCAGCUCCCCGCAGCCCUCCGACCAUGGCCGACCCUGACGGGUCGCGGGCUGCCUCGCCGCCGCCUCCGCCGCCUUCUCCGCCGUCGCCCUCGGACGCCUCCUCAGCCUCCGCCCCGGGCUUCCCGGCGGGCUGGGGCUGGCGAGCCUGCAGCGGGAGCCGCGCCGGGGACCCGCUCGAGAGAGUGGAGCUGCAGAUCGGAGACGCAGCAUUUUCGCUGGCCAGGCUUCUGGAGGCCACGUGUGCAGUGUCGGCUCAGGUAGAAGAGCUUGCCUUCAAGUGCACAGAAAACGCACGAUUCCUCAAAACGUGGCGAGACCUCUUGAAAGAAGGCUACGAUUCUCUGAAACCGGACAACUGAGGCGUCACACCUCGUGGUUGGGACGAUG